UGCUCGCCGUUGUGCACUGUGGUGGCUCUCGGCGCUCGUCCUCCAUCCACCGCUUGUCUCGGCUGAGUGCCUGGUGGAGUACAACGGGGAAGAGAAGCCUUGUACCGCCGAAUGCAUAGUGCCCGAUGACCCCACGCAGAUGCCCACUUGCUCCACGCACAAGCAAGGCACUUCCCAAGCUGGAAGUUGCCAUGCUGCUUGUGACAGUACCUAUUGCAGUGACGCGUGUAAGCUUAGGAUAGACGAACUACUAAGUGGCACAAGAGCAAUCACGCCUACAACCCAAGUAGUAGCUAGUGCAACUACAGCGCAAGUAGCUGGUGGUACAACCACGACUGUAACGCAAAUGGUAUCUGAUUCAACUACUACAGCGCAAGUAGCUGAUUCAACUACAACGCAAGUAGUUGAUGGUACAACGCAAACGGUGGGUGGUUCACCUACAACAACCCAAGUAGUUGAUGAUGUGACGUCGACUACCAACCGGGUGGUAGAAAGUACAACAACUACAUCGACUCGAGGUGAUGGCAGUACAAGAGAGUCGGAGUCUCGACGUCAACUCUUCCCACCAUACAAGCAUCUGCGAGCACAGACAGUGGUACGAGUACAUCGGUAUCCACAUCGCCAGAGAGUACAAUUAAAGAUUCCAACACAACAUGGAGUACAACAGACACGCCUUCGUCAGCUGGUAGUACAUUCCCUGUGUCUUCUAUAUCAAGCUCUGUUUCGCCGCUGACAACUAAUGCUUUUGAA